CUGCCCGAACCCGUCGAUAGAGCAGGUUGGGUGACGGAGUCAACGCGCCGUCCGCAACUACGUAAUUCUCGUGUCGAUCUGUGACGUUCGGGGUUUUUUUCUUGAUUUUUUGGAUUUGACAACAGUGGUUAAAAGAACAUCAGCUACAACCCUAUUGGAUUAAACAACUUUUUAUUUCUAACUAUUCAGUUCAGGACCGUCUUGGACGUUGUUGAUAUUCCGACAAACUUUAGUGCAGUGUGUAUCCAGAUAAAUCAGUCAAGAUGCAGAGUGUGCAAGAGGUGAUACAGGGUGGUCGUGUUAUAGUGGACAAAUCGGUUGAAAGUGUAUCUGCCAGUGACGAUGUGAAGAAUGUCGUGGUUUCCUCAAGUUCUCGGGAUCGCGAGUGUAGGGUCCCUAGGGUUAUGAACAGUAGGGACGCAGGUUCGGCUCUGCUUUCUGGAGAUUCGCAUUCUCCUCUAGUUAUCGGGGAUAAGUACAGGCUGAUGGAUCUUGUUGAUGGUAGUUCCUUCUAUAAAUGUGUGAAUAUCGCCACCGAAGAGGAAUACGCUUGCAAGAUAGUAUCACGUGACAGCUUUCAGCUGGUAGCGGCCCACUAUAGGCUCGAGUCGCAUCCCCGAAUCGCAUCUCUCCACGAGAUAAUGGUGGGGAAUCAAUAUUUGUACUUAAUAUUCCCCAAAUUCCAGGGGGACCUCCAUUCGUACGUGAGGAACCGGAAGAGGCUGAGGGAGUCGGAGGCCAAGAGGCUGUUCAAACAGAUCGCGGAGACCGUCCAGGUCUGCCAUCAGAACGGCAUCGUGCUGAGGGACCUGAAGCUCAGGAAAUUCGUCUUCGCCGAUUCGCAAAGGACGGAACUCAAAUUGGAAUCACUAGAAGAUGCGGUAGUCUUGGAACAGCCACAGAGCGAUUGGUUGCACGAUAAGAGAGGAUGUCCAGCGUACGUCAGUCCGGAAAUAUUGAAGGCCGGAGCGACGUAUUCUGGGAAAGCAGCAGAUAUGUGGUCCUUAGGAGUAAUCUUGUACACAAUGCUUGCAGGAAGAUAUCCCUUCAGCGACAUGGAACAUUCGCUGCUCUUUGCCAAAAUUUCAAGAGGCCAUUUCACCAUACCCGAAUGCCUUUCGUCGAGAGCGCGGUGUCUCAUCCGUUCCUUGCUGCGGCGGGAUCCCUCAGAAAGGAUAACGUCAGAAGACAUCCUCUACCAUCCGUGGUUGGCAAAAGAGGAGAGAGAAUGGACCCCAAGAUCGUGCGAUCAACUAGUUCCGGAGUGUAGUAUGUUCGAUGACUAACUUUUUCGAUAGGAUCUCUAUCCCCUAACGAAAACGUGCAAGAUUUGUGCUGUGUCCUAGUUUUAAGUCAAUUGUUAUUCGGGAUUUGUUCCAAGUAGACUGAAGAUUUAAUUUAAUGAAAUUCUGUUAUUAGUCGGUGAUGAAACGGUUACAUUUCUAUUGCUAUCGGUGAUAUUCGUCAUUGUUCCAAAGAAUGUGUAAUUUAUUCAUAUUGUGAUAAUCUGUAAAUAUGCAAAUCCAUUUUGCAUUUUAAUUAGCAGACAAGUUAUUACAAUUAUUCAACUUUAUUAUCGAAUUUAAUAGUUAUUUAUACAACACGUGCAAAAAAUAAUUGCACGCGUUAAAGCUUCGAGUGCAAUAAUAAUUUUUUGCACGAGUUGCAUAUAAUGUAUUUUUUUCGUACAGGUAGAAAGAUAGACAUAUUUACGAAACACUAGUAGAAUGAGUGCAAUAAAUAUUUAUUGCACCAGUAGAAUAAAGAAUCAGUUUCAAUUAUUUGAUUGACUCGGUGUUCACUUUAUCGAAAUCUAUUUAACUCAAAAUUGAGUGAAGUAUAUUUUUGUUUAGCUACACAAUAUCUUCUUCAGAUUUUAUAUUUUGAAUGAGUGUUAUUCUAAAUGUAAAAUAAUAAAUUGUUUUUUAUAAUAAUAGGAAGUGGAAAUAGAAUAACAGUCAUUCAAUUCAAAAUAUACUUCCAUACAAGUUUGUUUUCUGCAUGAACGUAAAAAAAAUAUUUUGGUUUAUAAUAAAGAAUUCUAUCGUGAUUUUGAGGUGUUAACCGUCUCAUCACUAUUAGCAAUUUUCAUGAGAUUUGAACGGCAAUCGUGAUUAUUGUUUUGGUCUGCUUGAAACAUUCGGUCACAUAAUGUUACUUUCGAUAUAUGUGGUUUUGUUUUUAGAAUGAUUGUUUUAUUAAUUGUUAAUCUAUCAUCCCGAAGUUGCCUGACGAAUAAUAAUUUAUUAAUAUUAAUUUAAGUACAAGAAACUCGUCCGGCAACUCCAAUAGGCCAUUUUAUGUUCACAAUCACAUUUUUUUUCGUUUGUUGAAAAUCUUGCAAUAUUUGUCAUGGUGACUGAAUGAAAGGCAUCACGAUAUUUGGUGAUCUCCUGUAAGACUGAAGGCAGUUUUAAAUGAGAAAAUUUUUAUCAUUACGGUUGUAUCAUUUUUGUAAUUAGUGAGAACUCAGAGCCAUUUAGGUACUAAGUUGCAUGGAAUUUUUUAUUCGAUUAUAAUUUUUCUGAGAUCAAAUCAAAAUGUAUGAAUGCAAAUUAUGCGAAAUUUUUAAUGGUGCAAUGAAAAUAAUUUUAUUAUGGGAAAAAAAAUAAUCGAAAUCAAUUUUUUUAUUAAAUGAGUAUCGUAAAAUUUGUACUAAUUGAAAGAACGUAAUCCAUAAAAAUUCCUAACGUUCGACCAUCACAAUCUGUUUAUAAAAAUAUUCUUUGAAUGUUUUCGAAAAAAAUUUCUUAUCGUGAUGCAAAGGAUGAUUCAGCUUUGUGAUCUCGGUCAAAUGUUUUUAUCUUAUUUGGCCAUUCGAUAUUAAUGUAUAGUACUGAACUGAAUAUUUGUAAAUAAUAUUGUUUUAAUUCAUUUCCUAAUUUAUGUAACUUAAGAGCUGAUGUAAAAAUGUACAUAGCUUCGCAUUUUGUCAUCCACGAUGUUGAUUUCUGCUGUUGUCAAUAAUUUCAAAAUAAAAGUUAUUUAUGUAAGAA